AUGCCCCCCGUAAGGUCUAGAGCGCUAGUACACGAGCGCAUGCAUCGUCUAAACCUCCAAAUCAAAGAUUUACACGAUCGCGUAAUUCAGAUGUCAACCUCAGCCUACGAUGUCGAGACAGCAGUGCAAUAUGAAUUGGGCGAACAACUCCACCCCGACAAUAUAAAGCAUAUUCGAGAAUCAGCAAAGAGAGUCGUUGAUACCCUCCAUCUGUCAAACCAAGCGCCAGAUAUCGAUUGUGGGAAGACCUUAGGUCAAUAUGCGAGUGUCGGGUGUGCCGAUGGCAGUUGUAUGACCUGCAACGGUCCUGCUGGAGUGUGGUACCAAAUAGAUAGGAUUAAAAACAAAGUUAAAUCCGUCUAUGAUAUGAUCCACGAAGAAGGCAAAGUCAGCAGAGAGUCUAGUGUACCAGAGCUUGUUAGGGAAAUGCUCUUAGAGGUUAAGUCCAUCCGUAAGGGCUUAGGGUCUGCACCAACGUUGUAUGAAAACACCUACCUAACAUCGUGUGUCAAACAUAUCAACCGGUGCUACGAUAUCUACAGACACGCAACCUACCGAAAAAGGGUCUGGGAUAUGCACCUAAAGUCAAUUUAUCGUCGAGAGCUUAAAGACCUCUUCACUAUCCGCCAAAAGAUGCAGCAGGGUAAUCUGCUUUCGUUUAUUUCAAACCGCGGGCCGCUUACACCGGUACCGGGUUCUGGUCUAUCUGAAGGAGCGAUACGGGUUGGAAAAGAAGACGUACAGAGCGCUGAAGAGGAAUCACAGUCCAAGGAUAAUGUUGGAUUUCACCUUCUGCAAAGAUAA